AUGAUUGUAGUAUACGAUCGUAAUCUGAUGCCUGAUGCGCCGCAACCACGACCAAGAGGGAGAUUGCCAGCAGCGCAAGCUGCUGGCAGAGAUUUGCGUCCCCAACAACCACGAGGUCGGAGGCGUCGUGCUGCCGAAGCUCUAGGAGCCCCUGCAGUUCCUGCGGUGGGUGGGAUGGCAGAGCCUCUUGCUGAUGGGAUGGCAGCAGUAGCUGCUGAUGUGACGCCAGUAGUAACUGCUCAACAUCAACAAGAUAAUACGGAUAUCGGUCCUCAACAACGUCGAGGUCGUAGGCGUCGCGCUGCCGAGGCUCUGGUAGCCCUUGCAGCACCUGCUGCUGAAGAGAUAGCAGUGCCGCAAGAGAUCCCAUUGAGAAGGCCUCGGGGGCGCCCGCGGGGGCGUCGUCAAGUGACAGAUGAGCCAAUGGCAGUUGGAAUUACGGAGAUGGCCGAUCUGGCGCGUGAACAGAGGCCACGUACUAGAAGACAGAUCCAACGUGAUUCUGUUCGACGUGCAGAAGGCGCUAGAAUGAAUGAUGGUGCAGCACCUCCAAUCAUUCCGCUGCCAGAUCCAGUACUCGCGGAAUAUCUCAAUAUCCCGGUUCCAGAACAACCAAAUGCGGAAGUUCCCAUUAUUGGGGUAACAGAAGAAGUAGAUGCGGAAGAUGCAUUGAUUCAUGUACCGGAACCAGUAGAGGAAGAGGAAUGUCAUGUCAUCCAAGAACCGACAAAUGCCCCCGCUUUAGUGGAAAUUGACCGCAAUCAGGUUGUUAUAUAA